GAGUAAUUACUGUAAUUGGCAGCUUAAGAGUUUAUUACAUUAGGGCAAAUUGUUAUUACAUUUCGAACUUUAUUACAUUUAGGACCGUUUAUUACAUUUAGGCCUUCUACAUCGGGAAGGAAUUAAAAAUGGCGAGCGACAAAAACAAACAUGCUUCAAUAACUACCUUUAAGUAGAAUUAUGACAAUAAUUAGCUUUUGGUAACGCUAAACGAAAUGGUCGGCUUUUAUUGCCGUUAUUAGCCAGUGAACUACCCGCCGUCAUUUUUGUCUGGUUUGUACCUAGUACUAGGAUCUUCCUAGCAGAGGCAGUUUACAUGGUGCUAGGAUCUUCCUGCCUCUCAGCUAGGAAUCCGACGAUCCUUGCCCAUGUAAACCAAAAAGGCGCUAGGAUGUCUGCUUUCUAGGAUCUUGCUCCCUCUGGCAUGCAAACAGCCCCUAGGUAACAGUCGUGGUUAAUUGUUUCAGGUUUGAAGCAGUGAAAUUUAGCAACAACCGUGCCAAUGCAAGUUCUGCAAUCCGCUUCACAACAGCACAACCGUACGGCAGCAAGGUGGAUUUGUUAGCAGAAUUUAUCGACUGUUCCUUUACUUACCACAACAUGCCAAACUUUGCGCGAACAAGCCCCUUUACAAGUCAGCGAAUAAACUUACUGUUCAAGGGAAACAACAUCUUUCAGCAAAACAGUGGAGGUAAGAUGAUAAAUCGGAGGUAGCUGACGAGUUCGGGAAGACAGGGAAAUUUACAGAUUUGUUGGUUUCGGUUGCUCUCUACUCUGUUUUCAAAACUAUAAUAAUUGUACUUUGAAGUUCUCUUGGCCGUCGUCGUUGCCUUCACCGUUGCCGUCGCCGUAGUCACUGAAUUACGAGGGACCUUACGAUGACGAUCCGACAACGGCGACGUCCAUGAAAACUUCGUUGAAAAAUAGACUCCGCAUUCUUUCACUUUUUUCGCGAUUAUUCCAAGGGGCUCAGUUACCUAAAAGAAGGGAAUUUGGAUUGGAGCUGAAGAGAAGGGACCGCGCCCAAGUUCUGACAGGGAUUGUACAAUUUAUCGGCUUGCCGUUCCCGUUUCCAAAUUUGGUCAUUUCACGUCGUAGUUAUGCGGACUGCAAAGAAAUGUACAAAAAAGCGUGAUGCACGUGCAAAGUUGUUGUUUUGCUCAUUAAACCUAUUACUUUUUUGACGUUCCCGUUGCCGUCGCCGUCGUAGUUUCGGAGUAAGGUCCUUACGAAAUGAAUUAAGAAGCAGAGGAAAGACAAACAAACAACAACGUAAAGUCCGUUUCGAGAACCAGUGCUGCAAUCUUUGGAAGUGUCUUCUUAAAGAACAUAACAAUUGCACGGUUCGGUUUGUGAAAAUAUUUCGUAACUGUUAUUUACAUUGCGGGCCUACGCAUCUUUGAAUGUUUUAACUAUAAAUUGUUGCCGAUGAGCAGACAAGAGACGCGUCCUGUUUACAUUGUAUAAUAACAUAUUUAGUCUGGCAGCGGCCAUCUUUCCAUUUAUGACCUCCUAGCCAAUGAUACGAGUGCUGUGUGUAAUGAGGCAGGGAACAACUGGGGUGAAUCCCUUAGACUUUUUGAAAAGAAUUGUGGAUUCUUUUACGUCCACUUUGAUUUAACCAAUGAAACAAUUGUGGAGGAGAGCGCCGCAACGGCGUAACGUCUUCGUCCAAUGAUCCAAUAUCUGAACUGAUACAAGAUCUUAAAUCACAACCAGCAUAAUUGUAGCAGUGUUUUUGAAAAACCCUGGUUGUUGGUUUGGCCGGGGUUUGAACCUGCGUCCUCCCGUUCAGCAGACCGGCGCUGUACCAAGUUAGCUAACCGGCGCGCGGGCGCAUUUAGCUCAGACUUACUUACAAACUUGACGGCAUAAUGGCUGCGCCUUCUGAACUGCAGCCCACAAAAAACGGUCAUGAUCUUGUAAACACAGGUGCAUUUUUUACAUAUGAGAGUUGUCGUUGUGGGCUCUUGGUUUCCUUCCGUUGCUUUUUGUUGCUUUUAAGCCUUGUUUUUAUGUUAGCAAUUCUAUUUUCUUUAGGAGGGGCCGCAACAUUCCAAGAUUGCGUUAUCGACGUUGAUGGGAAGCUGACUUUCGCUAAUAACACAGGAUCUAGUGGAGGGGCGGUGUUGAUAAUGUCAAGUCAGAUCAAACUUUACCCCUAUAGUGAACUGACAUUCAUUGGAAAUCAGGCCAAGGGUAUUGGUGGGGCUGUUUAUGUCCUGGAAUACAUGAUGGAUGAGUUUACACAUGCGAAUAAUCCCGACUGCUUUCUGGCUUACUCCAAUCCACACUUACCACCCUCACAAUGGAAGGUAUUUGUUUCUGGCGAACUGCCCACCUACCCCUCCCCUAAGCCAACAUUAGCACUUACCUCUCUCCUAGGGCAAAAUGUUGGCUUAGGGGAGAGGUAGGUGGGCAGUUUUCCAGAAACGUAUAGUGAUCCUUGUGGCUAUGAUGAACAUAAAUGUUUGAACAAAGAAGAACCUCAAAGCUGAAAUUUAAAUUGAUAGAGCUGAUCUUCCCUGAAAUUUCACUGCGCGUUCGCCUUUGUUGGGAAUCUUGAAAGUAUGUAAGGAAUUAAGAAGAAUUUCUUUAAAUCGCCCUGGAAAUCAAACCUAAAACCUCACUAUAAUUAGAGCAAUAACUUAUGUAAAGCGCAAUUUGUAUACAGCCGAACCUCGCUUUAUGGGCAGUCGCUGGACACAUUACGUUUUCUCUAAAUUUCACCCACUUUCGUUAUACCCUUAAUACGGACACCCGUUAAAACGGAUAACAACAGCUUCCUUUAGAACGUCAACUUUGCUAAUAAUGCGGACAAUUUAUUGUCAAUAGUGUGGUGUAUGCAAUACACCUUUCCCUCUGAGGUGAAGAAAAUCCUUCAGUUGCCGGCAACAUGUCGAUGUUCCCAGCGCUAAGCGCUACAGUGCACCGGAUAGGAUGAAUUGUAGACUAUUUGUUGCAUCAGAGGAGCUAGGCAGAGAACAUGCACUUUUGAUCAAGUAAUUUAUAAAUGUUCCAUUUUGAGUGUUUCCAUCGACAUAGUCGGCUGAAUGACUGCUUGUGAAGGUUACAGAAUGAUGUUUAAUUUGAUGAUACUAAUGUCUUGUUUUAUAUAUGUCUUUAGUUUUUUUGUACAAGUAAAAGGUGUGUUUUUGACUUUUAAAAACAACAUGGCCCACUUAAUAAAGACACCCCGUUAAUAUGAACACUUCAGUCUAUGCCCUUCUCAUGUAGUGUCCGUAUUAACGGGCUUUGACUGUAGUCCUGUCGGUACCAACGUUGCAACCCUUUUCGUUUUCAGACUAACGUAUCCUUCAUAGAGAACUCCAGCAAUGUUAAGGGCGCUGCUAUUUAUAUCUCGUCUCUUCAACGAUGUGUUUGGAGUGAAACACCUCCCCACCACAGUCCUAAGAAAGCCCUCCGCUGGGACAAAUUCCUUUACAAAAAUAACUCUCUUGUUUGGAAUGGUGGAACCAAAGUGUUGAGUGGAGAUCUAUACGAUAUCGCUACAGACACCAAACAGUAUACGUAUAAAGCUGAUAAAAAUCCGCUCAAGGUAUGAGUUGGUCUUUUUUCACCUUUCCCAUUCUUUCCUAUGUCCCAUUGAUUUUCAGUUAGUCUUUUUUGAUCUUUCCCAAUCUUCUCUAUGUUCCAUUCAUUUUCAGUUGGUCUUUUUUCGUCUUUGCCAUUCCUUUCUAUGUCCCAUUCAUUUUCAGUAGGAUGGUCUUUUUUUCACUUUUCCCAUUCUUUUUUAUGUCCCAUUCAGUUUCAUUUUCCGCUCGUUUAUUUGUAUGGUCUUAAUUAAAUUGCAGUGGAAGAUCUCGUGAGCGGACAGCCUCGGGACGCAAAAGAAGUGUCCUUAACUGGAGUAGUCUCCCUCGCAGCCGUUAUUGGAUGUCACGCAACGCUCCCCCAAAAGAACACGUGACAUCCAAAAAACGGCUGCGAGGGGGACUAUAACUGGAGCUGACCGCUUACGGAAAUGUAAAAAUACAGAUUUUGUAUAGGAGGUGAGAAAAAACAGGGCUGUGUGAAGGCGGCCGUAAGCUAAGUAGAGCUGUCCGCUUACAAAGGAUAGCUUCUACUGUGUGCUCUUGUGAUCGACAUAUCGUGAAUUUGAAAAGAUACACUGAAUUAAAGCUCGAUUGCAUGGCUAAUCAAAAUCAUAAUCUUUAUCGCAUUCGUAAUCAUAAUCAUUAUCAUAACCAUAGCGUUUUAAUGUUUUACGAACUCUUGAGACUUUUGAAAUACAUUCUUCAACUCAAAACAUCGCAUAGUCAGUUGCUACAGGGAACGAAACUGAGGACCAAUGUAAUUCAAAACUGUAUUUUAAAAAUUUAUUUUUAUCGUGAUUGGUUUACUAAUGAUGAUGAUGAUGAUGAUUCAAGAUAUUGAAAUCUUACCGAAAGCCGCUUAAGAAUCCUAAGACAACACAUGUAUUCAAAGCUUGAGGUGUAAGGGUUUUACCUGUCUUCGUAAAAAGUUGAUGAUGGUGAUGAUGUUGAUGAUGAUGAUCCAAAUAACAUUGCGCUCUAAAUGUUUUGUAACUUUUCCUGUUUCAGGUCUCGCCUGGAGAACUCGUCCCAUUAAACCUGACAGCCAUGGAUGAGCUCGGCGGCGACGUAAUCACGAGCGUUUUUGCGUUUGAAAUCGACCGACUAAACGGCGCACAGAAACUUCUGCUCGAUGACAGUUUGUUUGUGAUCUUUCCCAAUGUAUCUGUACCAUUUUCGUUUCGACUAUCAGAAGGCGUAUACAACAAAACAGUUAAGAAGCGAAAGAUUAUGUUCACAGAUGUAUCCUCGACGCUAAUGAACUCACAGUCUGUCGAACUGGAACUAAUAGAUUGUCAUCCCGGUUUCAUCUUCUCGGAUGAUAAAAAAAAGUGCAUGUGUAAUACAAACCUGGAGGGUGUGCAGAGGUAAGCGCGUGGCAAGUCGGGAGAAAAACCGUGUACUGAAGUCCGAAACAUUGAAUUUGUUUAAAAAAAACCGUGUCAAUUCUUUGUCUUUACUUUUUUGUGACUCCAAAUCAAAUUCAGUGUCCAUCCCUGUAUACUUUGUUGAUUUAAAUUGCAUUCCCUCCCCAUCCAUUUGCUUAUUUCCUUGCGUCCGGUUAUUUGCUUCAAACUCCCCAUAACUCGAACUUUUUUUCUAUUUCCCAAGAAGGUUCGAGUUCUCGGAAGUCGACAGUACUUUUAGAAAUAUGUACAACGAUAUCUUUUUCAAAUAAGCUUAUUACCUCAGGUGAUAAUUAUACGUUACAAAUUCAUUAUUUUACCCUUGGUGCUGGAGUUUUCUUCUUUCCUAAUCCAUGGCGAAGCACGGUUUGUCCUAGGUAUUCCGAGAAUGGACCUCUGGAAUCAUUCCCUGCAGUCGAUGGGUGUUUAAUAUCUAGACGGGAGGGAAGAUAAAAUUAACUGUUUAGCACCAUGUAAAGGGAUCCAAGACAUUCUUGGACUGUGGAUUCCACCCCGUGGAUUCCAGAUUCCAGGUACUGAAUAAGGGAUUCCUUAUCUGUGAAAUUCCAGUCUUUAGCCGGAUUCCAAAGCGCAGGAUUCCGAAUCCACAAGCAAAAAUUCCCCAGUCUCCGCAAUCCUACUUACCAUUUACAUGGAAAAACUGGAAAUUCCGGUUGGAAAAUCAAAUGGUUCACGCUAUUCCGUUUGUGAAGCGUCAGAUAUUAUGGGCUGCGAUUCUAGGCGAUGCAAUUUUUCCACUCUCUCACAUCUGUUCAGUUGAUUUUGUAUCGAGACGGUUGUUCUCCCACGACUUCAAAUUUUAUUGUUUUAUGUUUAUACACAAGAUUUUUCACCCGAGUGGUUUGUGCAAUGGUAAGCACCCCUUACAUGGUGCCGGGCAUGGUGCGAACUGUUGUUGCCAUGCAAUAUGUGUAGGAGCUAAUUCCUAGCUUGCUUGAGUGUUAACACAUCUCUUUGUCCUUUAAAACAACAGAUGCGACGAUGGUGGCAAAGUAUUCCUGAAAAACGGUUACUGGGGAAACUCGACGACCAGUGGAAAAUUCGUGACCUACUUCUGUCCAUUCAACUACUGUAACUGUUCGAAAACGCAAGGACUGCCCGGGUGUUUAUUUAGUGCUGAGAAUUACGGUAAUGGCCAGUGCGCUGAUAAUCGUGAAGGGUGGAUGUGCGGAAAAUGCAAAGCCAACACUAGCGUUGGGUUAAGGUAGGCCACAACUACAUAAAAACGUAUAUAUUGUACAAUAACUGAGCGAUUUCUUGUGCGCUGAUUGUUCGAGAGCUAUGGUGUAUAGACGGAAUGAUGUAGGCUGAGAAAACAGCCAACAUUAUGCGACGCCACCACCCCGCGAAAUGACGUCUGAGAAACAAGCACAGAAAUUCCAUACUGUUGACGCGUCACUUCCCAGAUCUGGGUAGUGCUUCUGAUUGGUCGAAGGAAAUUUUCAGCCAAUCACAAGCACAACCGAGAUCUUAAAAGUGACGCGUCAUCAGUAUGGAAUUUUUGCGCAAAUUUCUCGAUCAGAAGUCAUUUCGUGCAGAAACCUGUGGUGACAUCGGCUAGGACAGAUGGCGCGAUUUGUUUUUCUCUGAUCUGUUUCUCUCGCGCGAUUUUCCACCGGAAAUGGAUGCUAAAAAAAUGUCAAUGUUGCUGUAAAAAAUUGGAAUUGCACAACAAUUUUCCAUGGACUGCCUUUAUACACUUUGCGGGUAAUGAAAAUCCAGAAAACGGAAGAGCUAGCAUUGCAAGCGUUAGUUAAAUUAACCUACUAACUUAUUUUCAUCAAUGUUUACUUUUAACUUGAUGUUUACCAAUUAUGAAACAAUAUUCUUCUUUUUACAGGCGAACUGAGUGCAUAAAAUGCAACAAUUCUGGAUGGGUGUUAGCUUUAGUUAUUCCUAUUGUGAUAAUUUUUUGUGUCGUCGUCAUCUGGCUCAAUCCCGGCAUAUCUAGCGAGCUUAGAGGACCGCUGUUUUUCUACCAGGUCCUUCCCUUCAUCUUUGAUCCUAUCGGGAAAAAUACUUACAUUUUUCUAGCAGCGGACAUAUUUAACUUUGGAGGCCCUUUAGUUUAUUUCCUUAACACCUGCCUCGUUCGGGGAAUAAACAGUUUAUACGCCAUUACGUUUGGCUACGCUGUUCCUGUCCUGGUCUUUACCGUGUUUUUCCUGGCGUACUUGUUCAGUCACCGUUUGACGUUUAAUCUGCGCCGACGCUUUAUGCUGCGGUCAUUUUGGUGUCUCCUCCUCCUCGUUUACAACUACCUGGUGGAGACGUCAUUUCGGAUCCUGUUCUGUCCAAGGGUUGCCGGAAAUUACGUUUUCUUUUACGAUGGCAACAUUCAAUGUUUCGAUGAGAGCCAUCUACCAAUAGGAAUAGUUGCCAUAAUCGUGUUAGUGGUACUGGUCACCCCACCGCCCAUAGCUGUAUUUCUUUUAACCAAUGGCUACUGGAGAGUCAAUCCGCAGUGGGUUGGUACUCUGGCUAACAGCCUGCGCCCCGAACGCUGUUGGUGGUGGUCAGUGGAUUUAUUUCGAAGAGUACUCUUGGUUGGUAUUUAUGCGUUUGCUGCAGACUGGAAGACUAAGAAGGUGAGAGAAUAAUAGCAACUGACCACCUACCCCUCCCCUAAAUCACAAUAGUCUCAAUGCCCUAAGUGAGAAGAAAGUGUUGAUGUUGACUAAAGGUGGGGGGGGGGGGUAUAGGUGGUCAGUAACCCAGAAACCUCAAUUGAUCCCAACUCUUAAAACAUAAAAAAAGAUUGAGUUUUCACAUGACGUUACUUCCGCCAUGUUGGUGUUACAAAACAAUGAAUCGGCGGCCAUAUUGGUGUUCCAGACCGAUCCUGUGGGAGUUGAAUUUUUUUCUUAUGUAAACCUUUUGUUUUGUGCCAAUAAAUUAACAUAUAGAUGUUGAUCACGUGGGUGAAACGGUCUAUUCUUGGUUUCCAACCACGUGACAAGGCGGCCAUGUCGAUCGUCAAUACAAUAUAAUUUAAUCUCGAAGAAUUUACAUGAAAAUAGAGUUUAGUUCCCAGAGGAGAGAAAUGCUUUCGUUCAUGACCGCCAACAUGGCUGCCGUGACGUCACGUGCACUCUGCACGUUUAUCUACUUUUUGAUGGCUUUUUGCCUCUUGCACAGCAUGGGCACGACGUGAAGCCGUUUGCUGUGACGUUUAGUAGAGGGUUUCGACAGAAGAGGGCGGAAUUCAAAUAGAAGAAAAUCCAUUUACAUUUACACAAAUUGAGUGAGUUAUAAUAAUCGCUCUCAGAGAACCCGAGAUGUAUUUAAGGCCCCAUGGCCAUAUGUACAUAGAAUUGAUGGAGAGAUGUCAGAUUGAGCGGGGGGGGGGGGGGGGGUUAAGUUUCUGGGAGGGGGAAGUAUAAAGCAGGGCUAGACCAAGGACUUCUUCCUCGCUAGGCCCUGCCCCACCCAAAUAACGCCUGACGGCGCUAAGGUUGCAUCAUAGUAACUUCAACUUUUUCGUAAAUACAAUCAAAACGUUUUGAUCUCCAGACGAUAUUCCUAUCAUUUUUCUAGAUUCUAAUGACUGUCGCCUGUAUGGUAAUCCUUGCUGUACACAGUAACUUCCAACCUUACAUGCGACCACGUGCCAACUACGCCGAAUCUGUGUAUUUGCUAGUGCUCUCCAUACUGGCAAUGAUGCAAAUUGUUGAGGACCAGGAAAGUGCGUUCUACGUCUGCCUGGUUCUUUUGAUCACCGCCGCCAUUCACACGCUUGUGGUAUUCUUCUUAAAGGCUGGGCUCUUCUGUCGAAGGCGAUUUGAAUGCUGCGCAGGCGAGGAGAGACCAGACGAUCAAAGGCAUAGAUACGAGGAAUUAGCAAACACUGAAACUGAACCAAGCCGGGACACCGAAAUUGAAAGACGGAAAAGCAUUUUGGAUACGAUCUUCAGUAAACCUGCAUGGGUUUCCAAUCAUGGUUAGUUUUUUUGUGCAUACUUCCCUUCAUCGGGGACAAGUUUCCCACUUUGUAUGAUAUAACAAACAUAAGUACUAGGAAAGUACUACCAGUAAAUUUCAUUCGAAAAGUCACAAUUAAGGAAUUCAUCUACAGAAUUAAAAGUUAGAACCACCUUGUACAGCGUAAUAAACAGCUAAGAAAGUACUGUUAUUUGAGUAGCCACUUCUUAUCCACAGACACAAAAGACGGAACGUUAGCAAUCGUUUCUAGUACCGUAUUUAUUCGGUUAGACGCCGCGGCGUUUAUUAAAUUUUCAGCGUUUCCGAUGCGGCGUUAAUUCAAGAGCGGCGUUUGUUUCGAAAUCACAAUUUCUUAAAUCACUGACAACAGUUACUGUAAAUCGUUUUUAUAUAUAAUGUACUUUAAAGGUUCCAAUGUCUCGCUUAUUUUGCUGAGAAAGAAUCAUAAUUGUCUGGAUGGUGUAGAUUACCAAGUUGUACCGAGUUUUUUUUAUUAGUAUCCUCGAAUAGACGCCGCAGUCUUUUAAUUAGGUGCGGCGUUCAUUUGUACUUUUGCUUCCAUCUGCGGCGUUCAAUCGGAUAAAUACGGUAUAAUAAAAAGAAUAACAGAGCAGGAAAAUGCAGCUCAGUAGCCUUAUCGCUCCACGUGAGGUAAUCCGGAUAUUCCAGAAUUGUGGAAUCCGGAAUUCAGCUCAAGGAAUCCUGAAUCCGAGUUCCACUGACAAAAAAAAUCCGGAAUCCACAGCUUGGAAUCCAGAAUCCAGGACUGUCUCGGAUUCCCUAUCAUGGCGGGGAGGCCUUAACCCUUUCACUGCCAAAUGAAGCCAAAGGCAAAUUUCACCAAGUUUGCACAUUUCAUUUUGUAACGUUUUGAAAAACAAAUAGCACUAUGGGAAAGUGCAGGCGGAGAGCUUUCAUUUAAAUGGUCACAUCGUAGGAUUUCAUCCACAGACUCAAAAGUUACCUUACAAAACUCCAUCAAGCACUCUGGCAGUGAAAAGGUUAAGUAGAAUAGUAACGACCAACAUCGGUGGUAAAUUUGAUCCCCUUAAAACGCCAAAAAACUCUCUAAUCAUCUUGUUUUGUUGUUGCUUUAUAGCUUCAGGAGCAAACAGCUCUGCGCGGCCCGAAAUAGUCGACAGAAGUGACUCAAGGUCUCCGAGCCUCCCUACCGGCCACUGAAGAACAGAGGCUAAAACAAAAAGUACAUAGGGAUGUUUGAAACUCUUUAACAGUGUAAAGGUUUUGAACUUAACUUCAUGGAUGUCUUCACUCUGCUUUCAUAAACAGUUUCCUGGAAAUGUAACCAGGUUUUGAGUAACAAACCCUCAGGCGUAGCUUGGCCACGGAACGCACCUCAUGCAGCGGCUGUUAUUUCAAGCUUGUAUAGUUCAGAAUUAGUUAUUAGUACAUUAUCAUAAUUUAUUUGUUUACUCAACGUUGAUUUGCAUGCUUCUAUUGGAGUCAGGACCCUGUAGCACAGUUAGUCUGCUCUCGGUUUACUUCUGACUACAGUGAAUUUCCCCCAAUUCCUUGCAGGAAAUUAAAAUGUUGUAGUCGGCUGUGCUUAAUUACUGAACUUUCAGAUACCGAGCUAGGCUGGGCUGCCACAAGUGUUUUUUCGAUAUAAAACGUAGCCUCUUUCCUAAAGUGGCUUCAUGCAGUAUUGUUUUACAGCAAAGAUAACGGCAUUUAUCCGCUCUUGUUAAUUGUUGUGUAGCGCGCACUAAUGCUUUGUAUAAAAAAGUUAUUUUCUCACUGGCACUUUUCAACCUUAAUUAGGUCUACAAAGGGGCAAACAAGGACGAAAUGAUGCUCCUCAACAGGACUCGCGAACGCAAAGACCUUUCAGCUAACACUCGCACAUACUAGCACCCGCACCCUGGUGGUGGAAUCUGGGGGAAGCGGGGGGGGGGGAGGGGCUAGUUGCAACUCAUUUCCAUGUGCCCUUACUACGUUACAGUGUGAUAGAAAGAUUAAAAGCUAAUAGACAGACUAUGAUGGGCUUUACAAGAUGACGUAAAUAUUGUGUGAGAACUGGGAUCUCUGGCAUUAUCUUGACUGCCAUCUUAGAUUGUAAUUAAAAUUCUGAUUUAUCUAAUUAGAUUUUUUCUUAUUCAGUUUCAUUUAAUAAUGUCAAAAUUAAAGACAUUUAAAAGGGG